AUGUAUGAUUUUGCUGUGAUACAUGUACCUAUUGUAAAUUGUGAAAAAUGUCUUCCAGCUGAAACCUCUACAGACUCAUCUCAUAUAUCUUCAAUUCACCUUCCAAACCCUUCUACUCUUCCAUUAGAAUUUCAUCGUUACAUUCUUGAAGAAAUAUUAUCUGAAGACGGAUUACUUAUUUUAAGUCGCGGAUUGGGUUUACGUAGAAUAAUAUGUGCAUUGAUAAGGAUUUAUUCGGAUAGAGGAUCUUUAGUAAUAUUAUUGAAUGCUAAUGGACAUGAAUUAAGUUGUAUUAAAGAAGAAAUUGCUGAAGGUGGGGUUAAAAAACCAGGACUUAGAGUUGUUAAUAAUGAAUCUAACGCUAAAGAAAGAUCCGAAUUAUACGUUUCUGGUGGCAUAUUGUCUAUAACUUCAAGAAUACUUAUAAUUGACCUUUUACAAAAACGUAUACCAACUUAUCUUAUAACGGGAAUUUUAAUUAUGCAUGCCGAAAGGGUAAAUGAAACUUCAACUGAAGCAUUUAUCCUGAGAAUAUUUAAAGAAGAAAAUAAGGAAGGGUUUGUUAAAGCAUUUUCAGAUUCACCUGAAUCAUUUAUUUCUUCAGGAUUAUCACCUUUACAAACUACAUUACAAUUACUUCAAUUACGUAAAGUUUACUUGUAUCCGAGAUUCCAUGUGAUUAUAAGAAAUUGUUUAGAACAACAUAAAGCUGAUGUAAUAGAAUUACAUCAAUCUUUAAGUCCAUCAAUGAAUGAGAUACAAGCGGCUAUUACUGAAUGUAUUGAAGCUUGUUUAAGCGAAAUAAAAAAAGUAAAUGGAAAUUGGUUAGAUGUUGAUGAUUUAACGGUGGAAAAUUCAUUUUUUAGAUCCUUUGAUGUUAUAUUGAGACAACAAUUAGAACCUUUUUGGCAUCGUGUUAGCUCGAAAACGAAAUUAUUGGUUAAUGAUUUAACAACCUUGAGAAAAUUACUCGGGUACUUGGUCGGUUAUGAUUGUGUAUCAUUCAAUAGUUUUUUAGAGACUAUUAUUACAAGUCAAACUCCUACUUCUGCUUUAUCUCAUCAACAACAAUCUCCUUGGUUGUCUCUGGACGCUGGAAAUACAAUAUUUAGUGCAGCAAGAAGACGAGUAUUUAUUCAUGCUCCAUCGUCAGAAUUCCCACCAGGAAUACAACCUAUAUUAGAAGAACUUCCAAAAUGGAACUUAUUAGCGGAAACAUUACAAGAAAUUGAAUCAGAUAUAAUAAAUCACAAUAAAAUCAUUUCUACAGAAGGAAAAGCUAAUAAUAAUACUGUAUUAAUCAUGGUAGAAAAUGAAAGAGAAUGUUCACAAUUAAGAGAAUAUUUAUCAACAAUGCACAUAGCAGAACAACAAGGGUUAAGUAAAGGUGGCUUUAUGUUGAGAAGGUUGCUAAAAAAUUAUUUUAGGUGGAAAAGUGGAUUGAGUAAAGUUAGUAAUAAAAUGUUUAUUGAAAGUAAUAAGGAAUCUGGUGGUGGAAGAAAUAUUAACAGUGGGAAAGGAAAUGAACAACCAAAAAGAGGGAUAUUCCAACGUGGUCAACAGCCAUCUAAUAAAAGAAGACGUGUACGCGGUGGAUCAAGUACUGCUACUUUAUCAACUAAUACUACUAGAAAUACAAAUGUUAAAACACUUGAAGAAGAAGCUCAAGAAAUAGCAAAUUUUAUAAACUCAAACCCAACCAUAUCAGAAACAAGUUCUGCUGCGGCUCCUAUGGCAGUAGCUGGCUCAUUGAAAGACAAUGCUUUGACGACACACCAUAGCUCUUAUUAUGAUGAUGAAUUUGAUCCUAAAUAUAUUAUCAUUUAUCAUCCUGAUCAAGCUUUUAUUAGAAGAGUUGAGGUAUAUCGGACUCUACAUCCUGAUAUACCGUGUUUAGUAUAUUUUAUGAUGUAUGAAAAUUCUAUUGAAGAACAAAAAUAUUUAAGUGUAAUACGUAGAGAAAAAGAAGCGUUUGAAAAAUUAAUUAAAGAAAAAAGUAUUAUGGCUAUACCUUUGGGAAGACCUCUGAGAGUAUUUAAUAGUCAAUCUGACGUACCUUCGAAUGUUAAUACACGUAUAGCGGGUGGUAAAAUUAUACAAGAAGUUAAAGAACCAUCAAAGAUUGUAAUUGAUGUAAGAGAAUUUCGUAGUUCAUUACCAUCACUAUUGCACCAAUCAGGAAUCGAAAUAUUACCAUGUACUUUAACAAUUGGCGAUUAUAUUUUAUCACCUAAUUUUUGUGUUGAACGUAAAUCAAUUUCUGAUCUAUUUGGAAGCUUUAAUUCAGGAAGAUUGUAUACGCAAUGUGAGGCUAUGUGUAUACAUUAUAAGCAGCCCAUAUUGUUAAUUGAAUUCGAUAAGAAUCAAUCAUUUACAUUACAGUCUAUAAAUGAAAUCAAAUCAGAUAUAGGUAUGAAUGAUAUAUCAUCAAAAUUGGUAUUAUUAACAAUAACCUUUCCAAGACUGAAAAUUAUUUGGUCAAGUAAUCCUAUUGCCACCGUCGAAAUAUUUCAAGAUCUUAAAAAAUUGGAAGAAGAACCUAAUUUAGAAAUAGCGCAAAUGGUUGGGUUGGAUGGCGGUGAAACCGAUGAUCAUACAAUUGAAAGCGAUUACAACGUAGCUCCACAGGAAUUCUUGAGAUCAUUACCUGGAGUUACGACAAAUAAUUAUAGAUAUAUAAUGUCAAAAUUAAAAAAUUUAAAAGAAUUAGGUCAAAUAUCUAAAGAUGAAUUACAAAAUAUGAUUGGUAAUGAUCUUGGAAACAAAUUAUUUGAAUUCCUUAAUAAAGAUGUUAAGGAAGAGGAGGAAUGA